UUAUAUAAGUGGAAGAAAGCAGAUAGUGCUUUCCUCUGAGUGUGUUACAUUGCCCUGUGAUGUAGCAUGAGCAGCAAUUCGAGAAAAAAUGCUUUUGGUGUAACACAGUAGGUAUCUUCUCAGGCAGAUCCGCGGCCACCUGCACGAGCUUUAAUAACACGGCGAUCUGACGCAGGUAAUCAGCGUUAAUGUGCAGCACCUGGCCACGCCUCUUUAUAAGCCCUCCGACUGCGUCACUGCGCGCGCGGACAUGGAUCUGUGCCAGGUACCGGAGCAGCGUCAUGCUACUCUGAGUGCCAGCUACAGUGGCACCAACAAGACUGUCGCGGUUGCAAGUCCUGCACUCAGCUGGUACGAUGCUCAGGCUUACUGCCGAAAAUACUACACAGAUCUUGCCAGCUCAACCACUGAAGAAGAGAACAGCCAGUUAGUGCAGGUGGUUUUACUCCAGGGAGAGUCCUGGAUCGGCUUGUUUAGAGACAAGUGGAAGUGGGUGGACAGGACCUUGCAGGAUGCUACAAACCUUCAGUGGCGUGAUGGACAACCCAAUAAUUUUGUGGGUAAUGAGGACUGCGGGGUAGUUUACACUGGACUGCUCAUCGAUAGACCAUGCAAUGACCUAUACCCUUUCUUCUGUCACACCAUUCUUCCAGUAAGAGUACAGCAAAUAGUGAACUUGCAUGUGAAUUCUGAUGAGAACGUGUUUGAUCCUGCUGUGCAGUCAGCCAUUUUAAAGCGAAUUCAGCAGAAACUGGAGGUGCACGGCAUGUUGGAGAAUACCACAGUGACCUGGAGCCUGCAGCCUGAUGGAAACAUCUUUUACAAGAAAAAGAAAGAUGGCAAUUAAAUGCUUACAUUAUAUUCAGCCUAAAUUUCAAGCCACAAAUCAAAAUGGUGCAUUAAAGGA